GAACCCAGCCGCCGUCUGAAUCCAGUUAGCAUUGCCAUGUCUCAGGCCACAAAGGUGCUAGUGUUUCUGCUCCUCAUCGUAGGCAUCUGGGCCUAUAAUGUGCCCCAGGCCUCCGUCAAGGUCAAUUCGCCGCAGGGCUUCGAGGUCUCCAUUCCUGACGAGCCUGGAAUCUCCCUGUUUGCCUUUCACGGCAAGGUCAACGAGGAAAUGGACGAUCUUACCGAUCAGACCUGGGCGGCAGAUAUUGUGAGUUCUCGGAACGGCCGCUGGACAUAUCGGAACCGGCAGCACCGACUGCAGCCCGGCGAUGUGCUGUACUACUGGACAACGGCGCGUUACCAUGGCAUCGACUACCAUAACUAUAACCAGCGAUAUGUAGUCGGCGCCGGCGGGGAUUCCCAGAGCAUCGAUGUUCACGGUUCCAAGGGCGGGCACCUGCCUAUUGUGGCCACUGGUCACAACACGAUCAAUAUACAUGUACAUUAACUUAAGUAUAAAUAAAGUUGCAUCAACUCGAGAUUAUAUAAAAAUAUAUACAUUAAAUUAAAUUUGUGAACCAAUAUUAAACCCAAA